GCCUGGCGAUGUCAGCGCUGCGGCUGGCUGUGUCACUCGUCUGGCUCGCCGCCUCACUGUCGCCAAGUCACGCCGACCAAGAAUGGACUUACGAAGGAAACAAUGGGCCGGAGAACUGGAGCCGCCUGGGGUACAAGGACUGCGACCACCACCGCCAGUCGCCCAUCGCCAUCUCAAGCCGAGAGGUGGUGCUCCGCCACCUGGACCCCCUGCGGCUCGACUAUUUUGACCACGCACCACUCCGUAUGAACCUCACUAACACGCACCUGGGAGCAACGGCGUCGAUGAAGGCUCGGCCAGAGCUCGUCGUUCGCGGCGGCGCGCUGCCCGGCGAGUACCAGGUGGUCGGCUUCCACUUCCACUGGGGCGAAAACGACACGGUCGGCUCGGAGCACAUCCUGGACGGCCGGAGUUACCCACUCGAGAUGCACAUCGUGUGCAAAAAUGCCAAAUACUCGGACAUGAAGAAGGCUACGCAACGCCCUGACGGUCUUGCGGUCCUGGCGGUUUGGUUUGAGGUGGGCGCUGGACCAGCAUCCGGUCUGGUGCGGCUGGCCUCGGCUCUGAGACGGAUCAGGGGCGGCGGCUCCUCGACGCUGGUACAGAAUCCACCGAGUCUGCUGGAGCUGAUGCCGGCCAGCACCGAACACUUCUACCGCUACGAGGGUUCGCUCACCACGCCCGGCUGCUACGAGGUCGUUACUUGGACCCUGUUCAAGGACACAGCGAAGAUCACAGAGAAGCAGCUGCAGCUGUUCCGGUCCCUGAAGGGCUACCUGAAGCCGAUCGGCCACAACUACCGGUUCGUGCAGCUGCGGUAUGGCCGCACAGUGUACGAGCGGAGGGCGCUGGAUGAGGGGGACGCCGCGGAGGUCGGUCUUGUCGCUGCCCAGGGCCCGCCGGGCGCCGUGAGCGCUGCCGGGGCCCUGCGACCAGGCCUGGCCGUCUUCUGGCGGGCGCUGGCGGCGGCGAGCCGGGCUGCCCGGCUGCCGCGUUGAUUGUGCAGAGCCAUGCCAGAUGAUAGUCUGUGAGUUGUAGACAUCUAGAACGUACGCCUGCUAGUACAUAGACUCAGUCAGAGCUGGGACAACGUUCGCUGUGACCUUUUAACCUUUGUGGAAAGGUGGAUUGUGUAGCGAGCCAGCGCAAGGGCGGCAAUCAGGAUACGAGGGGCAAUCAAACCGAUAUAACGCGGCUCAUCAUGUAGUGUUUCAGCGAUGAUCUCCUGGCUAUCCCUGGGAUGUUAGCAAAUUGUGCAACAGCCCACAUAGUGGUCCACUCCAUGUAAAUGGUUUAUUUUUAAAUGUCAAUACAUGUUCCAUAG